GCCAGCUGAAAUAUUAGAGAUGAUUUUGAUGAUGAUGAUCUGUAAAAAAAUGGAAAUAGACCGACAGCCUAAAACACAUUCAGAGUUAGAAAAAUAACUGGUUAAAGGUGCUGUAGGUAAGAUUUAAAAGGAAAAAUGUAAGAUUGAUUUUUAUAAUUUGUGUAAAAUGGCCAACGGUCAAUUUUUAGUGAAAUGGGAGAAUAUUUGUUUCUAGUUGACUGCGCCUGCCUCUGUCUGAGACAUUUUGAUGUCUCAGACAGAGGCAAAUUUCUGACCAAUCAAAGGGCAUUUAUUUAGUGAUUUGUUUUGGGAAUCCAUCAGCAACCAUCCUAUCAAACACAGGCCUGGCGACACCUGGCACUAACAUGGGUCUUGAAUAUCUGAUCCCAAGUUGAUAGUGCCAAGUAAGACAGUUCACACCUGCCAUUAAAAUGCUUCUUGAUUCACCACUUGUGAUUGGAUAUCACUUCCCCGCUCUAUAUGGAAUAAACAUACAUCGUAGAGUAGGCGGUCCUUCAAUGUGGCACAGGACAUGCGUGGCCAUAUGCUCCCCAGACUACUUCUAAAUUUGGUCUGAGUGAUCGGAUCUCAUUGCGACCGGGCUGCAUUCACACCUGUACUGGGCAUGAUCGACUUUCAAUUGGAUCAUCCAAGAUGCAUGCUUAUGCUGCGGACUGGGCCACAGGUGCCUGAAAUGCAGCACUACUCAUUUGCAGAAAAACAUAGGGAGGAAGGGAUCCGAGAGGAAUGGGAUGUGUUUUUGCUAGUCCAGUUUACAAAUCUCAUUAUUUUCUGCUGUUUUUAACUCUCUCUUAACAACUUUCGAAUCUUACUUACAGCACCUUUAAAAUAAACAUUCUCAUUUCACAAUACACCAUUUAUAUUGAAACGUUUUUAGAGUAUGUAUGUGUUAGCUGUACUCUAAUCAUUAUAUCCAGAGAAAUGGGAACUUUGUCUGCGUCAUACUUUGAGAAGGGGAAGGCUUACCUGCUGUUGAACGAGGAAGAGGAUAAUGAAGAUGAAAGAAACAAGCGACAAGAACAUGUUAUUAAAGAGGCGCUGAGGGAGAGAAGACAAUCAGAUGAGCAGGAAAGAGACAAUGGAGGUGAAGAGGACAUAGAGGAGAGAAAGGAGAGGAGCAGUGAUUCAUCAGAGGACGAGACAGAUGACGAGGACGAUCGUCAGGAGAUUGAGAGGAGGAAGGAAUCCGGCAGGGUCUGUGAUUCUGAUGACCCUACAGGGGAACAGGAAGUGAGACAGGAAAGGAAGCCAGCAUGGGCUCCCUACUUCUUGUGCAGGAAUGGUAGAGACGUGUACCAUUACGCCGGCAACGACAUCGUCAUCUACGAAUCCAUCGACUCCUACGGAUCAGUGAUGUGGCCCGCGGCGCUGGCCCUCUGUUCAUACCUGGAUUCCAAUCGGCUGGAGACGGAGCUCCUGGGGAAGAGAGUUCUGGAGCUGGGGGCUGGAACCGGCCUGGUGGCAAUUGUUGCCUCUCUGCUGGGAGCUGCAGUAACAGCUACAGAUCUCCCGGAUCUCUUGGGGAAUUUAACAGCUAACGUGAUGCGUAACACCAGGGGGCGCUGUCGCUUCACGCCGGAGUUCACCGCUCUCUCCUGGGGUAACGAGCUGGAGCGCCUCUUCCCGCGGUCGCUCCAAAACUACGACUACGUGCUGGCAGCUGACGUCGUCUACCACCAUGAGUUCCUGGCGGAGCUUCUGCUCACCAUGCAGCACUUCUGUCAGCCGGGAACCACCCUGCUCUGGGCCAACAAGGUCCGCUUCACCACUGAUCCCAUCUUCACACAGAACUUCAAGGAGAGCUUCCACGCAGAGCUAGUAGUAGAGGAGGGAGACAUGAAAAUAUACAAGGCCACGAGUAGGGAGGAAGGAGGCAUGAAGAUCUAAAGGGCAGGAAGGAAACAUGAAGUUCUAAAAGGGAGGAAGGAGACAUGAAGAUAUAAAGGAGUAGAUAUAGCGAGAACAGAGGCAUUCAAUACUGCUCUCUGCUGUACAGUCAAGCCACUUAAUAAGGCUACAUUUAGUUUAUUACUAAAGAUAAUUGAGGUAAAACACUGCGCAUGCGCAACACUUCUGUGAAUGGGCUGUGAUCCAUCAUCCUGAAUUCACAGGAAUAUUUGCUGUUAUCUAUUUUGUGAAGUGCCUUGGUUACUGUGUUGCUUUCAACUUUUGUUAGUCUUUUUUUACAUUGUGUGUGUCAUACAAUUAUAAGCUUUUUAUAGGAUUACUGACUGAAGAAGCUGAUUAGAAGGGUAUCAGAUUGGAAGAUAAAUAUAUAUGACGUUCAAAAAAGUACAAUCUCACACCUUUUCUGUGUAAGAUCAGAUGAAGAAAAUAAUAAAGUUUUUAAGUUAGAAAA